ACACAAUUCAUACUACUUCACUAGAGAGAGCAGCGGCAGCCACCACAAUGGAGCUAAGAAUCUCCUUCCUCCUCCUCGUCGCCGUCGCUGCCGCCGCCCUCUCCUCCACCACCACCAACGCCCACAACAUCACCCGCAUGCUCGCCAAGCACCCCUCCUUCUCCACCUUCAACCACUACCUCACCGUCACCCACCUCGCCGGCGAGAUCAACCGCCGCCGCACCAUCACCGUCUGCGCCGUCGACAACGCCGGCAUGGCCGACCUCCUCGCCAAGCACUACCCGCUCCCCACCCUCAAAAACAUCCUCUCCCUCCACAUCUUCGCCGACUACUUCGGCGCCAAGAAGCUCCACCAGAUCACCAAGGGCUCCACCACCACCUCCUCCCUCUUCCAGGCCACCGGCGAGGCCGCCGGCACCUCCGGCUACGUCAACAUCACCGACAUGAAGGGCGGCAAGGUCGGAUUCGCUCCGGUCGACUCCGAUUCCGACGGCCCCAUGGCCACAUUCGUCAAAUCCCUAGAGGAAUUGCCCUACGACAUCGCUGUGAUCCAAAUCAGCAACACUCUCACCUCGCCGGAGGCCGAGGCCCCCACCGCCGCCCCCUCCGACCUCAAUGUCACCUCUCUCAUGGCGAAGCAAGGCUGCCAGACCUUCUCCGACAUGAUCGUCUCUCAAGGCGUCCAAUCCACAUUUUCCGAUAGCGUCCAAGGCGGCCUCACCAUCUUCUGCCCCUCCGACGAAGCUCUCGACGAUUUCCGCCCUAGGUACAAAAACCUCACCGCCGAGGGGAAAUCGUCGCUGCUGCUGUACCACGGCGUGCCGGUGUACAGCUCGCUCGGAAUGCUGAGAGCGAGCAACGGAUUGAUGAACACUCUCGCGACGGAGGGGACGAAGAAGUUCGACUUCACGGUGCAGAACGACGGCGACGACGUCAAGCUGAAGACGAAGAUCGUGACGGCGACGAUCACCGGGACGCUGAUCGACGAGGAUCCGCUCGCGGUGUUUAAGAUCGACGAGGUGCUGCUGCCGAAGGAGCUCUUCAAGGCGGCGCCGCCUGCUCCGGCGCCGAAGCCGGCGCCGAAGUCGAAGAGCAAGAGCAAGGGCGCGGCGGCUGGCGACGACGACGAUGAGGAGGCCGACGGUCCUGGACCUGCUUCCGACGAUCUGGCGGCGGCGGAUGAGGACGAUAGCAACGCCGGCGGGAGAGUCCGCGGCGGCGGUGUGGCGGCGCUCUGCUUCAGUUUGGCGCUGGGAUUUUUGGCAUACAUUUGUUAAUUUUCUUUUUUUCGCUUUUUUUAAAAAAAAUAUUUUAAGUAUAUUUGUAAUUUAUUUAUUUUUGUUUUUGGAAUUGUGGUGUGGAUUUGAUUCAAUUGAAAAGCAUCUCUUUCUUUCC